CAUCUGGACCGCGCAGGCUUCCGUAGGCAGCAGGAGCGGCGGUGGGGACCUGCCCGCUGCCUCAGCCCGAGAGCAUCUCUCCUCCACUGUCUCACCAUCCUCACCAAAACACAGCGGGAUGACGGAAAUUCACGGGCGCAGCAGCUAUCUCGUCCCCGGUUUGCGGUAGAAUAUCGUUGCGGGUGGCGCUAGCCGCCUGGCCGGCGUAACGCUGCACAACAUGAGGCUUUCUCCCCCUGAUGAGGAGCGGACAUAAUAGCCUGUCUGUGGAGCCGAAGAGGGGAUAGUUAUCCUGAGCAGAGUCGAGCUAGGCACUGGCUCCAGCUUGUUGGGAUUUUUUCUUUUUUUUAAAUGAAUUUAUUUUUUACACAUCAUUGUUUUUACAAUUAGUGAGUUUUUUUUUUAUUGCAUUUGCUGCUGCUGUGAAUAAAAUCGGCUCCACCAGAGAAGGUGCACACAUACAAGUAUCCGCCUGACAACAUCAAGGUGCCUGAGACUUGACAGGUUAAUGACUUCUAGUCAAGAUGGCAGCAUUUUGUAUCCACGACCAAUCCCUUCUGGAAGUCUGACUGACCCGGUGCUAUAAGAAGAGGUCAAACGGAUGGAAAUGACAGCUGACCCUCUUCCCCACGCUAAUGAAUGUUUGCGCCAUCACUGGUACAAUCUAUUAUUUAGAAGCCCAUAGAAAGAGCGGACUGUCUUUUGGCACUAAUAAUUCAUUAUAUGACCAGAUAUCCUUUAAAAAAAAUUGUCACAAAGGCCUUAUGUCUUAGAUUAGAUCCUGUUCAUUUGACAAAUAUGAAUAUUAGUGAAUGCUCUUGAGUCCUUGGGGAAAGGAAUGCAUUGAUGAAGACUAAGUAAAGUAGGGUACAAGUAGAUGUAGUUGACGUCAGAGCCCCCCUGGCCUCUUAAAUGACCUCAUGACCCCUGGGGAAGCAAGAUAGUUGUUUAUUGGCUGACACAUGCCAUCCUCAGAGGUCUAACAGUAUCUGAUAUUACUCCGUUGGGAUGAGCGCAUGCCCCUAGCCUCGCCACGCCAGCGUUGUCGUGGCUGGCCGUCGCGGGACGGUCGCCUUCCUCUGCCAUGACCCGGCUGAUGUUGGGCCGAACUCUGGAGCGCAUCUGUAAAGGCGUCCUGCUGCUCUGCCUGCUCCACUUCGUCAUCAUGAUGAUCCUUUACUUUGACGUCUACUCGCAGCGCUUCGACAUCUUCAGCCGCUUCAACAACGGCCGCAACGGAUCCAGGAAUAACGUCAGCGGAGCCGGGAGCGGACAUCAUUUUUACUACUACAACCUCUCCCGCCCCAACGCAACAUUAGCCAGCUACCUGGCCACAGGCGACCAGCUGGUACAGAGCAUGCAGCCUGAGAAUAAUCCGACGCCUUCCCCCAAACCACCACCGCCGUGUCCUGAGAACCCGCCAGGCCUCGUGGGGCGUUUGUUGAUCGAGUUCAGCUCCCAGAUGACGAUGGAGCGAGUGCAGAAAGAGAACCCCAACGUGACGGAGGGAGGCCGAUACACGCCCCCUGACUGUCGGCCCAGAUGGAAGGUGGCCAUCAUCAUCCCGUUCCGUCACAGAGAAAAUCACCUGAAGUACUGGCUCCACUACCUCCACCCUAUCCUCAGACGGCAGAAGAUCGACUACGGCAUCUACAUCAUCAACCAGCUGGGCGAGGACACGUUCAACCGCGCCAAGCUGCUGAACGUCGGCUACACGGAGGCUCUGAAGGACGCGGAGUACGACUGCUUCAUCUUCAGCGACGUGGACCUGAUCCCGAUGGACGACCGCAACCUCUACCAUUGCUACGACCAGCCGAGACACUUCGCCAUCGCCAUGGACAAGUUUGGCUUCAGGCUGCCGUAUGCCGGCUACUUCGGAGGAGUGUCAGGCCUCAGUAAAAAGCAGUUCCUGAAGAUCAACGGCUUCCCAAACGAGUACUGGGGCUGGGGAGGGGAGGACGACGACAUUUACAACAGGAUAACUCUGAACGGGAUGAAGGUGUCCAGGCCAGACGUUCGCAUAGGGCGCUACAGAAUGAUUAAGCAUGAGAGAGACAGACACAACGAGCCCAACCCACAGAGGUUCAAUAAGAUACAGAACACAAAGAACACGAUGAAGAAGGACGGCAUCAGCUCUCUGACCUACAGGGUGGUUCAGGUCAAGCGGUAUCCUCUGUACACGAACAUCUCUGUGGAGAUCGGCAAACCGCCUCCUCGACCCGCAAAGGGCUAGAGAACGGUGCGAGAAGGGAGAGGGGGUUGAUUCCCAUCGACUCAGAGAGGGAGAAGGAGGGGGUGGAGAUGUGAAGAACUCAAUGAGGAGCAUCCCAAACAUCUGGGAGGGUGCAGGAUCAGAGAAGAGAGGGGGGAAAAAAAACUACCCACAAGCACAUCACGGUGUCUUCUUCUCCCUCUUUUCCUCUCUGGUCUUUUUUUUUUCCUUUCAGAUUUCAGCUUGAUGUGUGUCUCUUUUUAGGACUCGGGCUCUUUCCACUUCUUCAAGCAGCCUCGAAAUGAAUAACUCGUGGACCAAAUCAGUGACCGAACUGAGGCUAAACCAGAAAUAUCUUGACGGCAUCCGUUGGCAGAUUAAGAGGAACUGAUGGUCGAUGAGAUCGUGUGACACUUUGACCUAAUCUGGAAAUGUGGGACAGCAUCUGGACGGAUUUCUUCAGGCUGUGGCAAAGUGUGAGUCAAGACAAAGCAGCAGCUGCCUGUUGGGAGAUUAUGUAACGGGGAAAACCUCACAAAGGCCGUCCAAGAACUAACUUUCUGAGCAUUUGCAGUCUUGGGCCGGUGAUGCAAGGAUUUCCACUUUAAUGUAACGAACUUUAUCGCGAAGCAGCGACAAACCCGCGGAGGACGGUUUUGUUUUUCACAUCGCCUCCCGACUCGUCUCGACUCUUAACAGAUGAUUUUCGUGUCUUCGUCACCUGUUCGGAUCCAAUUACUCAAUGAAACCUUCUGCUACAGUUAAUGAAUGUGUACGGUGCCUGCAUCUACGGCAGAAGACUCAAGGCACUGCUGCUGAAGUACAAACACGCUGAGAAAACAUCAGCAGCAGCAGCAGCGAACACCUGAGAACUUUUUUCCUCCUUUUUAUAUACAUACAUACAUAUAUAUAUAUAUAUAUAUACACACACACACACACUAAAUCUUUGGAAACAGACACUGACUUGUUGGAAGUUUUGCAACAAAAGUGAAUAUAUUGAAAUAUGAGAUUUUUUUUCUUUAUUCUUUUCCCUGAAUGCAGUGUGAUGCAGUGCGCUACCUUGGUGAAGACAUGUGAAAUAAAAUCAAGGAGCAGAAGGCCUGAUAUAUGCUGACAGCUCAGAUAUGAUUUUAACCCCUUGUGCUGCGUAAGGAUGUUGUGUUUUUUUUUCACUCAAUUUUUUAAUAGUCUUUAAAUGAGGCGUUUUACAGGGUUUGGUGUGGGUUGCUUUAAUAUUAGAAAUUAGUUUUUUUCAUUUUUUUAAAUUGUACACGAGGUGCAAACUUCAGAAAUGAGCUGUCAGGAUAUAUUUAACAAGGCGGAAGGAAGCGUCGAGGACGCAAACGCUGACUUUACACUAGUUGACUCGAAACAUAAUGAAUUCUCUAUUAAAGCGUACGACGUAACUUGGAACUGAUUUUUUUUAUAUUUUUUUUUUAUUUAAAGUGUCACUAUUCAUUAAAACUCCGCCGAUGCUAUCAACGCGUCAUUUUCUCUCUCUCUGCUAUCUUUUUCUUUCAAUCUUGGAGAAAAAGACGAUCAUAUCCGGAAAGAGGAAAUUAGAAGGUGACCGUCUUCUGCCCGUGGAAGUUUUUAAGGCGGUAAUGAGAAAUUUCCGGCCGAGCGGUUUGACUGACGCGUCUGUUGCCGCCACGUUUGAUCAUCAUCACCUGUGCUAUGAUCUGUUUUAUUGCACGUUUAAAGUCCGCAGACGACGGGCUGAAUGAAUUAACAAGUUCUUUCUCUUAAAGAUUAGAAGACAAACAGUUGAUUCCUAGUUUCUCCCGUUAACGUACGAAGCCUUUUUUGUUUGUUAGUUUUUUUUUUUCAUUUUUUCCUCGUCUCUAAUGUUGAUGCUGUUACUGUUACCGCCUAUAAUGUUACACCAAACCGAUGCCUUCAGGAGUUAUCUGUGCUAAGGGGGCAGGAUGUUGUUUUAAAUUACUGGGUGGAGAAAAAGAGGCAAAAGGUCAUCUAAAAAUUCACAAUAUCUUUUUUUCCCCCCUCUGUGUGAAAUCCUGCGUGAGCUCAGCUUCGCUCCGCGGAACAAUUUGAUGAAAAUUGUGCAUUGUUGGCCUCCUCCUUGGCCAACCUUGAGGCAAAACCGCUCCCGUUUGUUUGGCUCUCUAUUAUCUUCGCCUCCAGCCUAUCGGAUGGUAGGAUUUCUCCUCUCUCUCUCUCUCUCUCUCUCUCUCCAGCGCACACAUGCAUUCACAGUGUCCUCCUUUGCGUUAUCUCCCCCUUUCAUUGCCGUGUCUUUUGUUGCUCUGCCAGUCCGGGCUGCGUGUGUCAAUAGCGCGCUGUUGUGCUUCGCCGUGGACCCACUUCAGACGCAGCUGCGCCUCACGAGAAGUCUCGGUCUUUCAGUGGAUAUCGACGGGGCUUCUGUUUGUGCCCCCUCCGGAUCUCUGCCACUUACUGUAUCUCUGUUUCCCCCCUGUUCUUCCCAUCUCUGCACACAUCCCUGUUUGUGCAUCUCCAUCUAAUCGGAUGCUCCCUCCUUUCUGUAGUUUGAGCCCUCUCUGGGAGACCUCUCCUGGUGAGUCUCUGCGUCCUUAGACACGCGGAGAGGUCGAUACCGCCCCCUCUCCAAAGUGUCUGCGGCUCACUCUGUUCAAUAUUACAGAUCUGCUCACCUCCUCUCUCUCUAUAUAUCCAGCUUUAAAGUCCUUGUUUAGGAUGUGAGGUGAUACGGUUCAUUUCAUUUUGUCAUGCAGUCAUAUCCGUUUCAUUUCUUUGAAGACACCUGUUCAUUUAAGAAAAGAGAAAAAGAAAACGCGUCGUAAUCCGUUCACAGAAGAUGAGAUUUUACAUUUAUUGGAUCACGCUACUGAUGGGGCACUUCAUCAAUUUUAUGUGUGACUUUACAGAAAGUUUGGUGACUUUAAAGAGACAGAUUAAAAGUUAGUGCGAGCCAGGAAAAAGUCAAUUGAUGCCAAAACUGUGUCGUUCAGGGAGAAAAAGAAGAAGAAGUGUGAUGAAAUAUUUUGUUCAUAUUGGCGCAGUUAAAUCAUGAGAAGACACCUACCUCCAUUAGAAAGUGUGGAAACGUUGAGAUAAAGUUAAUCAAUGUGAAGGGGGAAAAAGUAUCCAACUGAUUUUACAAUCUGCAGCUUAAAUGGUUUCACAUCUGGAUCAGUUGUUAGUGAUUUAACCAGUGAUCAGAUCUCAAAUGUUCCUAUAUCACAAAAUUUGAUCUAGAAAUUAGAUGUAACACAGAAUUAAGUGAAUCGUUUAAUCUUUAUAAAUAGCCAAACAAACCGGGUUAUUUUUGACCUGGGAGGACAAAAGGAAGACAGUACUGUGGUUAGAAGAGACUGGCACAGUUACUGGCGUCUCUGACUGAUUUCUUCUCCAUGGCAACAGCAGUGGAGGGGGGGACAUUGACCGUAUACAAAGGUUGAUGGACCCUCCUUGACGUCACCCGUGGGUGAGUGGUUUUGAAGCUCAGUGUGUCUAUCUCGGGAGCUCAGAUGCGCACAGAGACGGAGUGUAAAUAAUCUGUGGCAAACGGACGAGGCUGAGAUGAGACCGGGACCAUAAUCAUGUUUAUUUCUGUUGUACAUUUCUGAGCAUUUUAAUACAAAGGUCUGUCAGCCUCAAGUGGCCGUUUGGGGAAGUGCAUUUUUUUUUUUGGCUCUUCCUCGUAGUUCACCUCUUGAUAUUUACCACGCAGCGUGGCUGUGAUGAUUAAACUCAGCUUUAAAAUUGGUGGAGUGUCCCUGAAGAUCACUCAGUCUUCAUUAAGGCUCCUCUGACGCAUUACUGGAAAUCUCUUUACCACCUGAGAGUCACUGAGAAAAAAAAUGAAUGGGGCCCCAGUGUGUAUAAACAACGACCUGGUUUAAAGAUGCAAAGCUCAACAACAGGAACAUUAGCAAAAAAAAAAAAAAAAAAAAGUAGUUUAAGAAAUGUUUCCUUCACUUGAGGAAUAAAUCGACCACGAGGAGUGCUUGAUGUUUCUUAUUGGACUUUUGACUCAAGCACACCCCAGGGGGUCAAAGUAUUUGAAACACUCUUUCAGAUACAUUUUUUUUUUUUUUUUGCUCGUCUGCUGCUGACAGCAGGCCUGUGGGUGUUUUUAAAAAUUUACUGUACCUCUCGUUAUGAUUUUUUUUUUUUUUUUUGUACAUUGAAUGUUGAAAAUGUUAUAUCUUAUAUAGAAUGCAUAAUGUCAUAUCAAACCUACUUUUUCUAUACAAUCAAUAAAUCUGAUGUUAAAGAUUG